UCAGCGGACCACCGUUUACUCUCGCUGCAGGCACAAGAGACUCGCAGGCCUAUAUUUACCUUCGCAACCGUAGCGAUCGCUUACGACGACGGGAAAACUUUCUCUUGUGAGACAUUAAUUUAACAUAUUUCUCAGAUCAUUGCUAUGUGGGCUACGAAUCACCUGCUGCCAACGUACAGUUCUACUCUUCCUGGUCAUCAUUUCAUCAACGUCUGAAUUCCAGCUGCUUGUUCAUAUGCCUUUCACACUCACCUUCAGUCACUAGCUCUUGUGAUUGAAACCAUGGCUGAAACAUGACAGAAGCUAGCUCACCAAGUAUGCUGGCAAGUGUGUUAGGUCUGAAAUAAACGGCGUGCACAUCCCCCGCCCACCAAGAUGCUGCGUCGCGUAAAGAAUGCUCUGGUGAGCAGGUUCUUUGGAACCAGUGGAGAUCCAGAUGCAGAGUGGCGGAAGCAGAACGAGGCAGCGGAUGAAAAUGAGAUGUACAAGUUGCUCUAUUUCAAUUCUAAAGGCAAACUGGUAGAGGAGUACAGACAUGUACUAGCUGGCCACAAAAAAUUGGAGGAUUUCAGGGCUUACAUCAGGGAGAACGUAGGCAAGAUGCUAUACCAUGAAGGCAACGGAAAGACAAUCACCCGAUUGGAAUAUGCAACAUACAAGCUCAUAACGCUGGAUGGUAAAAAUGCCGAGACACCAGACCAUGAACUCCUGAAAGUCUUUGAUGAUGGUCAGUCGUCAGCUAUAAACAAGUUCGAACAGCAUGACGCUUGUUUUGACCUUAAUAAACGUGGAGCGAUUGGAGAGACUAUCCUGCAUAUGUGCUUCCUCAAUGACACUCGAAUGCAUCGUGAGAUUGCUUCUCACUUGCUAACAGUGUACCCUAAGCUUGCUCUUGAUGUCUACGAAGGCAGUGACUUCUUUGGUGAGAGCGCAUUGCACAUGGCCAUUGUGAACAAGGAUUUCAGGUCGGUCCAGCUCCUAGUCGGUCGAUACAAGGCUCGCCUGGACGAGAGGGCAACGGGACGCUUCUUCCGCCCUCACGACUUAAAGGAUCACGUCAGCCAAAAUAAAUCCUUCUACGAGGGCACUGCCUAUCUGGGGGAGUAUCCACUGGCUUUUUGUGCCAGUACGGGUGCCAUGGAGAUGUAUGAUUACUGCAUCGAUCAGUCUCUGAGACGGAAACCAGGAGAAGGGAGGUGUCAUCCGGACGCUCAGGACUCGUUUGGGAAUACUGUAGUUCAUAUGGCUAUCAUUCACAGUCAAACGCUCUUGUUUUACCAUGCCAUCCAUCAUAACAAGAUGCCAGCAUCCUAUACCAUUGCCAAUAAAGCUGGUCUCACGGCCCUUCAGCUCUCGUUCCAGUUAGGACGGAAUGAACUCUUCUCGGCUCUCUUAGAACUGAGCAGUGAAACACAAUGGACCUACGGCAAGAUUGCGUAUGUAGCCUAUCCUCUCUCCAUCCUGGAUUCCAUUGAUAGUGAAGGAUGCGUCAAUAGCUCUUCUGCACUGAGUGUCAUUGUUCAGUAUGAUACCAUCAACCAUCUCAAGAUGUUAGAAGGACAGGUGAUCGAUGAACUACUCCAUGUCAAGUGGAACUUGUAUUGCAAGAAACAAUUUGCCUUCAAAUUAUUCUGGGCAUGUAUCCAUUUGACGUGGCUCUUCAUCGCCGUCCAGCUCCGUCCAGCUCAAGGUCUUCUUAGUGGAAGCAGGCCUGUCGAUAAGUUCCGCUAUGUGUCAGAAGUGUGUGUAAUCGUUGGCUGUCUUGCAAAGACUUUUACGGAACUAACAGAGAUUAGAGCAAGAGGAUCAUUCACCGAUUACAUAAAAAGUUUGGCUGAUUUUCCAACAAAAGCUCUCUUCAUGAUAGCAGUCUUGCUGCUCUUCAUCUGUAUCCCUCUCCGAUUCACGGGGCUAGAGUGGUAUGAAAACGUCCUCAUCAUGUUCAUCGUGCCUCUCUCCUGGAGCUACCUCUUAUUCUUCUUCAGGGGUCAUCCUAGCCUUGGUCCAUUGGUGGUAGUCUUCUUCAAGAUGUUGAAAGGAGAUUUGUUGCGAUUCUCUCUCAUCUACUUCAUUCUUCUUAUAGUAUUUGCUCAAGCAUUCUUCUUCCUCUUCAGGGACAGUGGUGCAAAUACCAAAUCAUUUGUGACAAUUUCAGAAACCUUCAUUUCAACAUUCAUCAUGACAAACGGAGAAUUCAACUGGCGUGAACUUUAUGAGUGUCGUAUGCCGUGGUUUGCCAUCAUCCUGUUCAUAAUCUUCAUGUGGUUCAUCUCGGUACUUAUGCUCAACAUGGUCAUCGCCAUGAUGGCGCGUACCUUUGAUAUCAUCAAGGAGAGAUCCCGUAUGGAGUGGAAGAGACAGUGGGCCAUGAUUGUUUUGAAUGUGGAAAGGUCUGUAUUGAGACCCAGACUAGCCAAGGUUCGGAAAUCUUACUCAUUUCCUCUCAAAAUCAAGCAGCGGGUUAGUUCUAUAGUCAUCGACAACAAUCAACCAGAGACCAGUACAAAUGGAAGACCCUCUCUCGUACGGAGAAGUACAAUUCAAGAUGUCAGAGUAAAAAAGUUCAAGCGAGGAACACGGCUAAUAGACAUGAAUAGUGCUGCAGGGAAUGUGGUGAUGAAGGAAGUCGAUGCAUUCUCAAUUACAAAAGUUCUUGCACAUAGCAAGGCAGAAAGCAGAAGAGUGGCUAAGAAAAGAUGGAAGACUCUUAUAAGGAAUGUGAUAGUUCAACAAAGGUUUAGCAUGCACGGGAGUCCUGGUAGAGCUUUCAUGCCAACCAGAAUCAAUCAUCAAAACCCAGAGGUUCCCUCCAUCAGCCAAAGGAUAAAACUACCUCCAAUUGGGGAGCAUCAACCCUCAGUACUCUUAUGAGAACAAGUGAAUACAACAUUGUGAACUGACAGAGACAAUAUCCAGCUGUAAGGACAAGUUGAUGCAGGCGUUAACAAAUUGGACAGUGCACAAUCAGGGUGCCUUACAGCUGAACAUAGUGUGAAACUGUAUGGACAGAGUCAUUCCGCAUUCUACAGAUGGCACCAUGUAUGCACAGUGCAUUUGUAUACAUGAAUGGACCUCAUAAAUACAGUGCUGUUAGAUGAAAGAGGGUCUCAAGCUGUAUGGAUAGUCCUGCUGCAUCAGGGAGGCUCAUUAUGACACCACCAUGCACGAGCGGAUUACCAUACAAGGCAGUACUGUGAGAUGAAAAAUAAUCAUAUGGACAGAGUGAUGCUGGCCUAAAAACAGAAGGCAUAAUAUGACAUCACCAUGCAAAUAUGCCUUGCAAUAUACAGUACUGUGAGCUGUUAAAGACUAUCAAUUUGUAUAAAGUAUUGACAGACUCCUGCUGCUGUCAAGAGAUGACACAACUGACAAUCUAUGUACAUUUAUCGCACAAAUAUUAGUUGUUUUUGUUAAUAUUGCAUUUAUCAGAAUUUAUUGACAGGUAUGCUGCCUGGGAAUAAUGUAGUAUUGGUAUCCAAUGAAUAUGUACCUUAAUGUUCCACAGCAUCUAUGAGGGAUGGAGGGUGAGAAGUAUGACAAAGUUUUAUUAUCAUGCAGGUGUUAAUUGUUAUGAAAUAAUACACUACAUUAAGAAUAGCUCAAGAUGGUCAUCUAAUGACACUUAGUUUAUAUCUUGAACUGGAUUAUUUCAGUUUUUAUUGUAUUUUAGAUACUGUAAGUGACACAGGC